AUGGCAUCUGGAACAGUCAACGGUUCAAACAGUUCUUCAGACUCUGCCAAUUAUGCUCACAAUAUCGGACACGAUCUUGACUAUUUCGAUAUGGUCAAUACACUUGAAACGACCUCACUUAACUCUCAAAAGAAAAGUUCUUUAGUUGGAUCAACUCCCUUUGACCCCAAGAAAAGCAAGGUAACCGUCCAGCGCCCUGGCGAGCAAAAGGCCUACCAAUGCGGUCCAAACUUAAAAAAGAACAAAAAGACUGACUCAUUUGGUGGUGGAUUACGGACAACAUCAACAACCCUCCGCCAACCCCACUGGCCCCCGUUAUCGAUUCGCGCAGCCAUCACUCCACUUUCCAAGACGCCUUGCCCCUGGAGAAUCGGCGACAUGCGCGUCGGCGGGGCUCGACGUUGUCGUUGUGCCUUCUCCCAGCCCCUUGAGCUUUGGCCCGGCCGCGUUCUGCGAACGAUCCUUCGCAAGUGUCAUGCGCACAAGCCCAGGCAAACAGCCGAGGGAGUUGGACACGACUCGGCAAAGGAGAUAAGCAGGUGUCGUGACGAGGGCAACGCACAUCUGAAUCUCUCCAGGAGCCAACUCCACUCCCUCCCGACCAGCAUCCGCGAUCUCAGUGGCCAUCUGCGGGAGCUCUUCCUCUACUCCAACAAACUCGUUAGCCUCCCGAAUGAGAUCGGCACCCUGACGCAGUUGGAGAGUCUGCUGGUUCAGGAGAACUCCCUCACCUGUCUUCCAGACACCCUAGCAGAGUGCACGCGUCUGCGGAUACUGGACGUGCGGCACAACAAGCUCUGCGAAAUUCCUCAGGUCAUCUACCGCCUCUCCAGCCUCACCCACCUCCUGCUGCGGUUCAAUCGAAUUCGCGUCGUCGACAGGGCCAUCGGCCGCCUCAAGAACCUCCAGGUGCUGAGUUUGCGGGAGAACAAGAUCCGCAACCUGCCCUCCAUUCCGGGCGUCUGCGAGCUGGUCCAGCUCACCACCCUCGACGUCUCCCACAACCACCUCGAGCACCUCCACGAGGAGAUCGGUCAGUGCAAGAACCUCUCCGGUAUCAGCCUGCAGCACAACGAGUUGACCUCCCUGCCCGAAUCGAUUGGCGAACUAUCUCUCCUGGAGAGGCUGGGCAUCAGUCCUUGUCCACUCAUUUUCGGACAGAAUGGGCGUCCGGAGAUCAACAUGGAUCACAAUCAAAUAACCAAGAUUCCCUUCGGUAUCUUCUCCCGCGCCUCAAACUUGGCCAAAUUGAACAUGAAGGACAAUCAGUUGGCCUCCCUCCCCCCAGACGUGAAGACGUGGACCAGCCUGGUUGAACUCAACCUCGGGACAAAUCAGCUGACCAAACUGCCAGACGAUAUUGACCACCUGCUCAACCUCGAACGGAUACCGGCGUCCAUUCAGGAGCUGCGUAAACUGCGGGUUCUCGAUUUGGAGGAGAACCACUUGGACUGCUUGCCGACCGAAAUCGGCAACCUGGCUGAGCUGCAACGCCUCGUGGUGCAGUCGAAUCGGUUGACCGUGCUUCCACCCUCAAUCGGAAACCUCCAGAAUCUGGUUUACCUGGCUAUUGGUGAAAACGAUCUGCAAAGCCUGACACCGGCGAUCGGCAAACUCAAGAGUUUGGAGACGCUCUAUCUAAACGACAACUUCAAUCUGCACGAUUUGCCGUCGGAGCUGGCGAUGUGUUGUGGCCUUCAAAUCAUGUCGAUUGAGAACUGUCCGCUCUCCAAAAUACCCGUGGAAGUAGUCUCUGCGGGUCCCUCUCUCGUCAUACAGUAUCUGCGCCUUCAGAGCUCGUACGGCCAGGUUUGA